AUGUCUUCAUCUAGCACCUUUCGGGUCAUUGAGCAUACGGUGCCGUGCCAACAUAUUCGAGAAUAUCCGGCAGCCACCAGAAGAACACAAGAAGAUGUUCUUCAUCUGGCUGUUAAACAGUACAUUCCCACAAACGACCCUACGCUGCUUCCUAGGGCCGUAACAAUUCUAAUCGCUCCAGGGAGUGGGUUUGCAAAAGAGCUCUAUGAGCCCCUCUGUGAGGAAUUGCUGGUCCGCUGUAAUAGAGACGGGCUCAGCAUUCGUAGUAUUUGGGCGGCAGAUCCAGCGCAUCAGGGUCAAAGCAGCAUAGUCAACGAAGGCCUUCUUGGAAUUGACGUAAGCCAUUUUGAUCAUAGCCGGGAUCUUCUCCAUCUGAUCAAUGUCAAACGAGAUGAAAUGCCACACCCCAUAAUUGCUAUUGCACAUAGUGCUGGAGCUUUUGCACUAGUCAACCUGUGUCUCAUCCAUCCACGACUUUUCCAGGCUGUAGUUCUCAUUGAGCCACCCAUCACACGUCCAGUGACUCGGCUGAGAAACAAGAAACUGUACGAUCACAGUACGCUGCUGCGUCCUCAUUUACAGUUCUCUGUUCAUCGACGAGAAAAUUGGCCAUCCCGAGAGGCAGCGGCUGAAUCCUUUCGUCGAAAAGCCUUUUACCAGACCUGGGAUCCACGUGCCUUCGAGCGGCUGGUAACAUAUGGCUUGCGGAAUGACCCAAGGAAGUCUUCUGCACAUGAGAAGAAUAACCAGUCUACUAGGCCAACUCCUGUGACACUUUCUACUCCGCUGGCCCAGGAGCUUGCCUCGUUUGGGCGACCGUACCAUGACCUCCCUGCUCCUGAUGCCGGCCCAAAUGAUAUUAGAAACCGCCUAACCCACCCAGAUCUGGACCCUGAGCUCUUGACAUCGAUACCCUUUUACCGCCCAGAAAUAACAGCACUGUUUUCUCGAUUACCGUAUUUGCGACCGAGUGUACUAUAUAUCUUUGGUAGUGAGUCCCAUAUAAGUCUCCCGGAGUUGAGAAGCGAUAAACUUCAGGUUACGGGCAUUGCUACGGGAGGCAGUGGCGGAGCUGUUGCUGGACGUGUGCGUGAAGUAGUCAUGAAAGGGUAUUCACAUCAGGUUCCUUUCGAAGCAGUCAAUCAAUGUGCGGAUGAGAUUGCUCGUUGGACGGUUCUUUUCGGCGUGAGCUUCACUCAACCCUGGGUCGUGGCCAAAGAGCUAAUGAUAGUAUCCGUUGAUCAAAACAGGGGCACCGAUGUUAGUUCUACGUCUCGAAACAUGGCCCACGGAACUGAUAUACGACGCAACAUGCGUAGCAUGUACUUUUCAAAUCUCGACCUCACCCAUAUACUCGUCAAUUUCUCCAAAAUUCUCAUUGUGGCACUGAAUGGGCCGGUUGUCGGGUUUCCGGCAGCUCUCGUUGCACAUGCAGACUUCAUAUAUGCUGCGCCCCAUACCUUUCUCCUCACACCAUUCUCUUCGCUCGGCGUCGCGGCUGAGGGUGCAGCGUCUCGCUCCUUCGUACGGCGCCUUGGGAUUUCCAAAGCAAACGAAGCCUUAAUAAUGAGCAAGCGGAUACCCUGCGAAGAGCUCGUUGCCAACGGAUUCGUCAAUAAGGUUAUCUCUGCCCCGUCCGGAAAGCCAGAUGAUUCUGUUGGGUUUCUGGAGCGGGUACUCGAAGAAGUACAAAAGCGAUUCAGUUCGAUUGCCACACAAUCUAAUUUGCUGUCUAUCAAAAAUUUGAUUCGUGAACCGGAGAGACGCAUAGAUAGUCAGCAAAACUGCGACGAGGUUUUUGCGGGGCUAGAAAUGGUCACAACGGGUAUCCCAGGGGAGCAGAUGCGGGCAAUUAAGGAAGGCCGAAAGAGACAUAAAUUGUAA